AUGUUGUGGACGAAAAAGCAUAACGAAAGAAUGCAAGGCGAUAAGUUUUGCAGAAAGUGGCACCCUCUCCCCGUAUUGAUAAGGAGAAAUUUGAGAUAUGCGAGGAACAGCUCACCGCUGAAAAAGUCAAGAGAUAGACUUCAUUUUUUGACGAGGUCAAAACUUAUCACUUUGAUGACUGUAUCCAAUGUUAUUCGCAACCAACGUUUAAGACUUACGAUAAAAUUUAUGACACAUCAAAACGAAGAAGACAGAUAUUCAAGUGGAUUUCAACGAAAGACAAACUUGCCGGAGAACCCGAUUUCAUCUAUAAAGAACGUUUUGGAACCUAUGAGUUUCAGAGCAAUGUUUUCGGCAACUCGCAUGCGCCCUAAUACUUCUUUUGAAGCGAGGAUGAACCUUUCUGGUUUGCUCGAUAAUUCAAUAAUACUGAAGACGAGUACGAAUACAAGCAAUAAUAUUUCGAAUCCAGUUAUUAAUCUGAAUCAUUGCAUACUACCGGAACCAGAGACAAAUUUAAGUAUUUCACCGGUAACUGUUAACCAUGGAGAAGAUACUACUACAUCAAGGUAUAAUCAAUCUGGAAAUCUUGGAUUUAUUAGACAAUACAUAGUAUCAAAAUUACCAUCUGUCAGUAAAAUAACGAGAUUUACUAAACUUCGACCGAUAAAUCAGAAUCGGUUGUAA